AUGGAUUUCAUAUCCAACAAUACUGCCCUCAUCACCGAGUUCAUCAACACCAUGACUUAUCCUGAGGGCUACUGGACCUUUCACUGGAGCCUGCAGAUCGAUACCUGCCUUCAACCUGGCAACUCAUCAUUCCAAAACUUCCAACCCAUCUACGUGAAUAGUUCGACUGUUUUCACCAUCAGCAAGACUGGCCAGGCACCUAAUGUUGUGGCGGCUACAUCCUCUGAUACGUGUGGCUUGGCGAGUGCCUUCGCAUUCAAUGCAACCUCUUUCGAAGAGUUCGAAUUCUGCGGAUGGUUGGGAUCUACUCCAACUACAAACCCGUGCUCGGCAACUAUCAAUGCCACAGUGGCAUCUAGUAUACUUGCCGAAGGCACCACUACAGCCUGUGCCCUAAAGAACCCCAAUGUUACCUGUCCGGCUUAUCACAGUUCUUCUGCAUCAUCAGCUGACUUGAAUGGCCAAUUCGCCGUCGUGACAGCAUCCGCAUUGGUUGCAAUGCUUGUCAUUGUGAUCCAUCUUUGA